AGAGCUGGAGCUGGCUCAGUUGAUUCUAGAACGCUAAAAUGAGAACUACACGAUUUGCACAGAUUUUUGCGCUCUGCCUGCUUCAGCUGGCCAGGACAGCUUCUGGAGCUGGACCCACGUACAGGUACAACAACAUCAACACGAAUCGGGGCGGCGCUGCUGCUGCUGCUGCCAUGCACAUUCACGGGCACGGCCACAGCAAUAGCCACAGCAACAGCAACAACAUUGUGGACAGUCGCCAGGAGCAGAGAAUACGCCAGAGCAUGUCCAGAGAUAUGCUCAAGUAUAUGAACCUGAGCUCAGAUCCCUGCGCCGACUUCUACGAGUACGCCUGCGGCAACUGGGGCCGUUAUCACACGCGUCAGCUGCGCGAAGGUGAGUUGAUAACGGCGCAGCACUUGAUGGAGGCCCGCAUCGUGGAGCAACUGCAGCAGCUGCUGACUCUUCCCCUGUCGGCCAACGACCUGAGUCCGGUGAGCGCUGCGAAUGUGCGGAAGGUGCGCAGCUUCUACGACUCCUGCGUGGCCGUGGAGGCCAAUGCGGCGGAGCGCCGCCAAUUCCUGAUGAAGGUCCUGCGGGAGCACGGCGGGCUGCGGAAUGUGGCGAACUCCCAUUGGAAACACGACUACCACUGGCUGCAAAUGCUCGCCUCGCUGCGGCGCAACUAUGGGCUGGACAUACUGAUCGGAUUCGAUAUCGAUCUCAAUCUGCAGCAGAUGAGCGGCAACAGUGUCUACCUGGGCGAGCCUCGGCUGACCAUCAUUCCGGCGGAGCACUGCAACGCACUCGCCACGCGGCAGGCGAACGUGCGCGACGAGGUCUACGAGCAGAUCCAGCAGCAGGUGGCGGACAACAUGCGGGAUUGGUUCGAAAUGGAGAGCGGCGAGGCGGCGCGCUUCGGCGGCGACAUCAUUCGCUUCGAGUUCGAGCUGUGCAAGCGCAUGCGCGAGCAGGAGACACUGCCUCCAGUGGAGGCCAGCAGUCCGGAGGUCCCGCCCGUCUACAGCGGACGUUCGCGCGUCGGGCAGGAGCGACUGCGCCAGCAGCAGCCUGGCGGCAGUCCGCAGUACCCGCGCAUGAAGCUGGUCGAGCUGACCACCAAAAUGGGCACCUGGCUGGACUUUAAGCUCUUCGUGGAGAGUAUUGUGGAGACCGGUUAUCCGGACUACGUCUACCUGCGCUCCCCCAGCUACCUGGCCCACCUGGCGCGCACUGCGAAGAGCAACAACCAGGUGACCAUUUCGAGCUACAUUCUGUACCGAGCUCUGUUCGAGCUCAACCAGCCGCCCGAGGAGCAGGCGAUGAUGCGUCCCCGCCAAUGCGUGCGCGUCAUGCAGCGACUCUUCCCCCAGGUGCUGGGCGACAUGUACCAGAGGCACGUGCAGCGCGACGACGUGCAGCACGACAUGGAGGAUGUGUUCAGUGACCUCGUCAAGGCCUUCGAUCAGCAGCUCCGGGUCGAGUGGCUGGACGACAGCGACCGGCGCACAGCCCGCACCCGACUAUCCCAGUACCACACACAGUUCCCGGACUAUCAGGGCGUCGACCUAUCGGGCCUGCACUUCCAGAAGAACGAGGACUACUGGCACAAGCUGGAGACGACACUGCGCUACAAUUCACGCGAGUAUCUGAAUCAGCUGCGCGGCAACGACUUCGGGCAGUUGACGGAGAACUCGCUCAACGCCUUCGAGGUGCGAGCGGCGGUGGAGCCGCGCCAGCAGGCGGUGCUCGUCGGCUGGGGCCUCAUGCAGGCGCCCUACUACAGUCACUACUACCCGAAGGCCUUGAGGUAUGCCCUGCUCGGGCAACGCCUGGCCGCGGCACUGCUGCAGGCCUUCGAUGACGAGGGCUGGAACAGACAUCCGCAAGCGACGGCGCCCUGGAACGAACUAACCAUGUCUGGCUAUCGCAAUGUCACCGAAUGCCAGCGAGCUCAGUACAGCAACUACUUGUCGGAUCAGCCCAGCGAAUUUCGCAACGCCACGAGACUGAGGGAAAUCAUAGCCGAGACUGGCGCUCUCAACGUGGCCUUCAAUGCGUACUUGAGCUGGUUGGAACAGAUCGACUCCAAGAUGAUUCCUUUGCUCAUACGCGAAACACUGCCCGAGCUGAACUUCACCAACACUCAGCUAUUCUUCAUCUACUUCGCCCAGCUGCGCUGCUGGGCCAAGCAGAACGAGGAGCCCCCCUCAGAGGCCAUGCCGCUCCUCCAGCACACGCCACAGCGUUGGGAUGUCAAUGGGCCACUGAGCAACUCGGAGGAAUUCGGCAAGGAGUUCAAUUGCCCUCUGGGCACCAACAUGAACAGCGGCAAUAAAUGCUUGAUAUUCUAAGCUCAACCUAAGAUAGUUGCAGUUGAAGCUGGAGUGUCUAGUGUAUAAAGUCUCUGCUAGGCAAUAAUAUCGAAUAGUAUGUAUAAUCCAUUCAUGCUCAUUAUAUCUAGUUAAUAGAGUAUACAGCAAAUACACAGAUGUUUAGGCUAA